AUGAUGUUCGAUCUCGGAUAUGAAGAUCGACUUUAUAAUCAGGAUCCUAAUGAUGUUGGAUAUUAUACCAUACUUUAUUUCAUGUUUCUAAUUACUGGUAUUGUCUUUUGUAUUUUCGUGGUGAAUCUAAUGAUCAGUAUCGCUGUGGGUGAAAUCCCUUCGUUAAAAGAUCAAAGCAUUGUUUGGCGUCAUAAGAUGAUGUAUAAUCUCGUCUCAGACUACGAAAUCCUUCGUGCCCAAUUACGUUUGAUCGUUAAUCGUAUGACAUGCUGUCGUUCACAUAGAAGUAAACAACGUGGACCGCGCCUAUUAAAAUUUCUACAAUAUCGUCAAGAUCAAUCGCUACAACAAGAUGAGAAUAAUGUCUUCUUCCUUGUAGGUUUUGGUCGUUACAUGCAAAAGCACUUUUUUGACGAAAGAAUUCAAGAUAAUGUAGAAACGGUCGUUUCAAAUAGUACGACAGAAAACAAAGUCGACCAAUGA